AUGAAAAAGGAAGGCGGCUUUGUGAAAUUUCACACCAGGCCUCCGCUGCCAUAUUUACAUGGUAGAGCUGGUCGCUCCUCGGCUUGUGGGUGCAUUGUUUGGGGCUAUGAGUCCAAAGGAAUACGAGGGGAUUGUGGACUCCACCCUUGGUGGGACGGUAACAAGACGAGAGCUGACAGCAAGGAGGACGACCUUCCAUUUCUCGGACGUUUAGCAUCUAAUCUGGUGGGCAAGGCCUUUGACACGUUGGGUGAGAUCAAACGAGAUCAGCUGAAAAAGGCACAGGGAUGGCAUUAUUUGCUGACCUUUUGGAAGACCAGCGUGGCAGGGCCAGAGUGGACAUUUUGGGGGACACAUUUACAGAGUUUUUUCCUGAAGCGUGAAGCUUGCCGACGGGACGGUGAGGAGAUCAAUGACUACGAGAACCGCUUCAAGAUAUUGAUGAGGCAGAUGGAGCGAGCACUGGCUGAGACCAAUUCCAGUGCCAAGAUGCCGCCUGAGGUAUACGGUUGGUUUCUGAACGUGUUCAUGAGAAUGUCUCCAUCAGAUGCUAACAUCCGUGGCAAGGCCAGUUCUUACAAAGUUGAUGUGUUGACCGCCUUGCGGUUGAUGUGGAGCAGUGGCCUCGGAAGAGAUGAGAUUCGACCACGAAAGACUACAUCACAUGCAUACCAUCAAGAUGAAGGGUAUGCGCAACAAGAUGCAGACCAGACAGAAGAGACGGAGGAGAUCCUUGAGCUUGAGGACUGGUGUGAUGAGGUGACAGCAGAGCUUUUGGCAGAUACAGAAGACAAUGCAGAUAGAUAUCCUUGCCAAUUUCAAGGAGGCUCGCCGUGCUUUGGAUCAGGAAGUGGAGGGACUUCCAUUGGCUAUGUGGGUUGGUGUGAGUCAUAUGACACAGGUGACCAAACAGCACAUCCGGAGGUUCCCAUGAUGACCAGUUGUGAUCAACCGGAGGUUCACAUGGAGACCACAGUGCUCGGUCACAGUCAUGAUGAGACAGAGCCUCACCCAAUACCGGAGGAGAUCUGUCCAGAUCCCAAUUGGGUGUUGUGCUCAGAAGUGGCGACAGGACAGAUUCUGGCGCUACAAUCUUCAGAGCUGCGGGGAAAAGCCAUUGUCGAUUCCGGUGCUUCAGACAACAUUGUUGGAGCAAAGACAUUGCAGGACCUCGCUGAGUGUCUGGAGGAGAUGGACUUUGAGCCAGAUCAGGAGAUCAAGGUGGACCGCCAGAUUCACAAGCGGUUCAUUUUUGGAAACGGGGAGUCUUCAUCUGGGCUGGGAUUGUCACAUGUGAAUACAGGAAUCUGUGGCAAGGAGGUGACAAUUCAAUCACACCUCGUGGAAGGUAAGACGCCUUUCUUGCUGUCUUCGAAGUUUCUCUAUGACAUGGAUGUGACGAUCAACUUCAGGACAGGCAAGGCCCUUUUCAGGACUUUGAGUUCACAACAGAUUCAACUGGAACGGACAGACAGCAAUCACUUGCUGAUUCCAUUGACAGCAUUCGCUGGGCAUCACAAUGCCUUAGAGCACCUCUUUGUGAAAGACGAGGACUUCGACGGGGACGUCCACACCUUGAGCCGGAGUGACCCCGACUUGCCGGAACAGCCGGCCAGUGACCCUUCGGUGAGGGAGGCCACCACUGGCGAUCAGGGCACGGUGGACGAGUAG